AGUAAUCGUUAUUUAUGCUUUCAGUUGAAAAUGUAGUAAAUAAUACAAGCAAUCAAAAUGAUCACAGCUUUAUUGUUAAUAAGAAUAACCUAUCAAAUUCAGACGAUCUAACAUCAAUAUUAUCAAGUAAGAGCAGUACUGAAACUAUUAAAACUCUAUAUACUACAGAAUCAGAAGAACUAAAUGAAACACCCUUUGUUCAUGCAGGAACAUAACAAGCCCGAUUUUUUGUUGUAAAAUCUUUAUUUAAAAUUUGAUAUAAUUUAAAAAUAAUAUCUUUUGGUACAUGCAUGUUAUAUAAAGUUUAUUAUAUCUCUAUAGAAACCAAGAUGAUCACAGAUUCACUGUUAAUAUAAUAAGAUAACCUAUCAAAUCCAGACAAUCUUACAUUAAUAAAUAACAUCAGUACAGAAACGAGUAAAACUCUAUUGUCUACAGAAUCGGAAGAAAUAAAUGAUACACCACGUUUGCCAAUGGUUGAACAUAACAGUCUUCCUAAACAAUGUAUUGUUCCUGAAAAUGAUCCUGCCAAUUGGAUAAAAAAUCAAAAAACGAUAGAUUAUUUAUCAAUUAAUGGAUUUAACCAGAGUUUAGAGAACAAUAAUUUCCAAAAUUCAAAAAGAAUUUACACUCAAGUAAUUAAGUAAUUGGUGGGGUAAGACGUACUCGUUUUCGAUAUUUUUCAAAAAGUAUUUUUGUAUCUACUCUUGUUAAUGGUGAAUAAAUUAACCGAACAUUUUUGGUUUACUCAGAAAGUAAAGGAUCAAUAUUUUGUGCUAACUGCUAUUUAUUUGGUGGCACUACAUCGUUUGCUAAAGUAUCAAGAAGAAACAGAAAUAAAUUAUUGGAAAAAUGUAUUGACAAGAGUUGUAGCUGUUGUAAAAUCCCUUUCUUCUCGUGGAAUGUCUUUUAGGGGUGAUGAUGAUCGUUUUGGAUCUGUUCAUAAUGGAAACUUUAUAAUGAGCUUAGAGCUUAUUGCUCAGUUUGAUCCUUUUUUAGCACAACACAUUGAGAAGUUUGGAAAUAAAGGAAAAGGUUCAACAUCGUACCUAUCAUUUAAUAAAUAUGAGCAGUUCAUAAGUAUAAUGGCAGAUAAUGUUAUUCAACAAAUGGUGAAAGAAAUAAAGGAAGCUAAAUACUUUUCCAUAAGUAUUGAAUCUACUCCUGACAUUAGCCAUGUAGAUCAAUUGUCGUUCAUUUUUCGGUAUGUUUAAAAGAAUGGCAGUGCGGUAGAAAGAUUUUAGGGUUUUUACCCAAUUCUGGUCAUAAAUCUGAAGAAUUAGCAGAUGCUGUAUUUUUAGUUUUAGAAUCGCAUGGAUUAGAUAUUAACAGUUGUCGUGAUCAAAGUUACAACAAUGCGUCUAAUAUGUCUGGUAGAUUCACAGGACUUCAAGCUCGCAUUAAAAUAGUCAAUCAUUUAGCAACAUUUGUACCAUGCUCAGCGCAAUCUUUAAAUCUUGUUGGUGAAUGCUCUGUGGACUGUUGUAUUUAUGCUUCUGAAUUUUUUAUUCUGCUUCAAAAUAUUUACCAAUUUUUCAGUGCCUCCACUUAUAGAUAGGAAAUACUUCAGAAGAAUUUGAAUAAAACAGAAAAUGUAUCACUUAAAAAACUAUUAGAUAUCAUGUGGUCACCAAGAUCUGAUGCGUGUAUUAGUUUAAACAAAAAUUGGAUUGAAAUAAUUAAUGCACUGUCUUUUAUCAAAGAUGAUAAAACAGAAAAAUCUAUUACAAGAUCAGAAGCUAAUGGGCUAUAUUUAAAACUAGAUAGUCUUGAAACAGCUAUAAUGGCCACAUUAUGUGGUGAUAUACUAGAAAGUUUCAACAAAACUAGUAAACAAGUUAGUUGAGAUUGGUUUAGAAACAGUAGUAAUUUUAUACGAAUCUUUAAUUCGAUAUGUAUUUGAUUUAAGGAGUAUGUUUGAUAUCUAUGAUGAGAGAGCAAUUAUUAAGUCAGGACACAAAACAUAUCGAAAAAUAUGCAAUAGAAAAAGAAAACUAACUGCAGAUGAAAAAAGAAAAGAAGAAAUAAAUUUUAAAAUUCGAGACUCUUAAAGAAUUAAUACAUAUUAUGCUAUAAUUGAUAAACUUCAUUAUGAACUAGAAAGAAGAAAAUUUUGCUAUGAUGAAGCCAAUAAAAAAUUCAACUAUUUAUUUCAAAUCAUAAAACUUU